AUGGAGCAGGAUCAGAAAGGAUCGCAGUCCGGAUUAGUCCAAGGACAACUCAACCAAUUGUUGUGGCCCUCUGAACAGCAAACGAAACGACAACAACGACCGUCGUUUAGUGGAGAAGAGAGGAGGCAGGCAGAAGCUGCUCGGAUCAGGGAGAAGUAUCCUGACAGAAUUCCGGUUAUUGUGGAGAAGGCUGAAAGAAGUGACAUACCAGACAUUGAUAAGAAGAAAUAUCUGGUUCCUGCUGAUUUGACUGUUGGGCAGUUUGUUUAUGUGGUUCGUAAGAGGAUAAAACUCAGUGCUGAGAAGGCUAUUUUUAUAUUUGUCAAGAACAUUUUGCCACCCACUGCUGCCAUGAUGUCUGCAAUCUAUGAGGAAAACAAAGAUGAGGAUGGUUUCCUUUACAUGACCUACAGUGGUGAAAACACAUUUGGUUAA